UUUAUCACAUGAUAACAUAACCUCUCUUUAGUGUUUUGAAGUUGUGUAGUGUAUAGAGCAGAUUAUAUAUUUUUAUAUAAUUAAAGGGUCAAAUAAAAAUUAAUUUUAGUGGAUUUCUAAAGAUAUUAUUUGAGAUUAUAUAUAAUUUUUAUUUUUAUAUCUAGCUCUUUUAUAAUAAUUGUUUCCUGGACUACAAAAUCAGCUAAAGACAAAAGGCUCUUUUCCCGAGCUAUCAGAGGAUCAAGUAUAUGUAAGGCAAGAAAUAAGCAGCUAUAUAUUUUAAAUAUCCACAACACUACAAUUAUGUUGGUUACUUCGAAAUAUGUUUCAUAUAUAUCUCCUAGUAUACAAGGUAUAUGUCAGCCGUUCAUUAAAAGAUACUCUUCAAAGUCUGACAGAAUUAAAAGGUUGAUGAAAGAACAUAAUUCACUAUUUGGUCCGUUAGUUGAAACAAGAGCCCAAAAGAAGAAAAGACUAAAAUUAGAGAAAAAAGGAAAGAUACUCCCUCAAAAGCCGAAUAUGGUAGAUACAGAAAAGUUCUGGAUUAUGGAGAAAACUCGCCAAAAACUCACAAAGAUUAUUUUCACUGAGCCACAAAACGAGUCAUCAAAUGAUAAAGAUUAUAGUUCUGUGAAAAACUUUAGCGAGAUGGAAGUUCAAAGCUCAACUGAUCAACCUACAGAAACUCUUUUUCAUUCUGAAUCCAAUCAAGUUGCCAAAGAAAUAGAACUUGGGUUUACUAACACAACAUCUGAUUUGUCAACAAAAAAUAGUAAUAACGAAGUUGCAUUGCCCAACUCAAAUGUAUCUGAUAAUGAAGACGCAACCACAAAACACAUAUCUUCUAAGUUUGAAGGACUGCCUGACAUUAUUAUAAAGAACUUGCUAUCUUUUCCAAUUACGAGCAGCAAGCAAGAAUUGCCCAUGCAACCAACAGAAAUAUUAUCUGUAUCUGGGAGAGAUGAUCUAGAGACAAUGAAAUUUCCUAGUGUAACUAAGAUUCUUUCGCAAACCAUGUCACCAGAGUCAAAGUUAGCUUUAGAGGCAUGGAAGGAGAGAAUGAUAAAGAAACUCGGGCAAGAAGGAUUUGAAACGCAUCAGAAAGCAUUGCUAGAAGAUGGAGCAUCUUUUCAUUCGUGCAUAGCACACAACCUGCUCGGAAAAGAGUAUGAAGUGCCAUCAAGAAUCGAACCGGUUUUUCAGAGCAUUCGAUGCGUCUUAGGGGAUGUGCACGACGUGAAAGCGAUCGAAACACAUGUAGCUCAUAUGAAAUUGCGUUACAAAGGCGUAGUCGACUGCAUAGCCUCUUAUAGGGAUGAAAAAUACUUAAUCGAUUGGAAAAAAUCAGAUAGAAAAAAAUUGAACUUGAAGGAAACGUAUGACGCGCCUGUACAACUCGCCGCUUACAUUGGAGCUAUCAAUGCCUCUAAUCUGUAUCCCUUUGUGAUAAAACGAGGAUUACUCGUGAUUGCCUACACGUGCGGCACACCGGCAACAAUCCACGAAGUGUCCAACAACACGCUGCAGCAAUACUGGACAGCGUGGCUGCGCCGCCUGCAAAAGUACCACGUGGAAACGGCGACGGGCGGCGAUGACAACGGGAACAUUCAUACCCCAAUAAAGCAUUAAUCCACAGGUAACUCCCGGCAGGAGUCGGGCGGGAGAAGUUUUUAAUUCCAUCCUUUGCGCGUCAGAAGUUGCAAUAAUCUAUAGUCUUCGGGGAGUAGUUGGGAAAGCCCUCUCCGUAGGAAACCGAGAGGACGCGGGGAUACACAGCAAGAGAGGAAAAGGGACCGCGCCGAUACGCCGACUUAUUAAGCCCUGCGGUCGGCUCGGCAUUUAUGAUUUAUGACAAACCUAUGCGCGCAUUUUCCGCGCAACGCUACGGGGUAGCGGGGGUUAUUAAGAAAAUACGCGACGGACGCACUGUAAUUUGCAGAAUACAUUUACGCUGUUAUUAAAAGUAUUGCAAUUUAUAAAA